AUGCGGACGCGCGACCGGGGACCGAUCAGGCGCCCCGGCCAACGGCAGAGACCCGGAGCCCGGCAGUCACCUUCCCCGCCUGGCCCUGCCCGUCCCCGCAGGGCUCUCGCCCGGCCCAGAAGGGCUCAGUGUCCCAUUUUCCCGGAGAACACGCCUCCCUUUGGCCCGGGCAGUGCCCGCCGAGGGAAACCCCGGCGCGCGCUCGACGAUGCCCGCCGCCCGCCGCCUGGGCUGCAGGUGCGAGGUCCGGACGGCCGCGAUGCCCGCGCCUGUCAACCAGCCUUCCAGCUGCCGCCCGCUACCCUGGAUCAGGCGCGGCAGCCCCGCGCGAGCAGGCACCGCACCCCGGCCGCCGCGGCGCACCCCGAGCGGACGGGAGGGGAGCCCGCCGCCAGCGCCGCACCCCGUGCCUUACCCUGGGAACCCGUGCGGCGGAGGACCGGCGGCGGCGGAGGCGGCAGCGAAGGCGGCGGUGGCGGGGCGCGCCCCGAGCAGGAGAGCAGCGGAGGGGAGCGCCGCCGAGCCGAGGGGAGCGGCUCCCACAAUGGCCGAGCUCGCGGCGCCGAGCCCCCCGCCCCCCGCGCCCUAGCGGCGGCGGCUGAAGCGGAGCCGGCGCAGCCGCCCAACUCGCUCCCCCACCCCGGCGCCGGCGCCGCCCCCCGCCCCCCGAUGCGCGCUCCCCGCCCUGCACCCCACCCGAGGCCGUUUCCGCGCGCCCCGCGCGCCCUCCGCACUGACCCCGCGUCCUGUCGCUGCCCCCGGGUCCUCUCUCUGGGUCCUUCCCCCAGUGACUCCUCCCCUGCGGCCGCUCGCCUCCCCGGGGCCAACUCACACCCCCACAUUCCCCGCCCUCGGCUCCGGCGCCCUCUGUGUCCCGGCCCCGCGGCCGCUCGCUGA